AUGUCUGUCCGUGUCGUAGCAAGGAUACGUCCUCUCCUGGAUAAGGAGCUGGACAAGGACAUCAUUGUGAAGCCUGACAGCGCGGAGUCUGGGAAGCCCUACACGAUUGUGAAGAUUCCAAACCCCAAGAACGAGGCUGAGGACUUCUCUUUCGCGUUCAAUUCCGUGUAUGACCAGUCAACGUGUCAGGAGACCCUGUUUACUUCUGAAGUGUCUCCCCACGUCAAGUCCCUAUUCCAAGGCUACGAUGUAACAAUCUUUGCCUAUGGUGUCACGGGAACUGGCAAAACUCACACAAUGCGAGGAGGGCUCAAGCUUGCCGAGCGAGGAGUGAUACCCCGACUCCUGAGCAGCGUCUUCCGUCGAGGCAAGAAGAUCAUGAAGGACACGGAAGGGAACACCACAGUACGCGUCGCCCUAUCAUACUACGAGAUCUACAACGACAAGGUAUUCGACCUUCUCGAACCCCCAGAGAAACGGACACCCAGCGGGUUGCCUCUGAGAGCAGAGGCAAGUGGCAAGACGGUUGUGGCUGGGCUUUCUGAGCGAGCAUGCGAGGACCUUAAGGACUUCGAGAAGCUUUAUAUUGAGGCAAACAACAACCGUGUCACGGCGGCGACGAAACUCAAUGCUCAUAGCAGUCGAAGCCACGCUAUCCUGCGCGUCAAGUUGACGCAGACCACGGGCGAAAUAGUUCGCGAAAGCACCGCGUCCGCCAUUGAUCUUGCCGGUUCCGAGGAUAACCGAAGAACAGACAAUGGGAAGGAAAGACUCAUCGAGUCUGCUGCCAUUAACAAGAGUCUCUUCGUUCUCAGCCAGUGUAUCGAGGCUAUUUCACGAGGCGACAAGCGGAUACCUUAUCGGGAAUCGAAGAUGACGCGCAUCUUAUCGCUUGGCCAGAACAACGGGAUCACCAUCAUGAUCCUUAAUCUGGCUCCAAUGAAGAGCUAUCACUUGGACACUCUGAGUAGUCUUAAUGUCAGCUCGAGAGCCAAGCGUAUCGAGGUUCGUGAAAUAGAGAAUGAGGUGGUUUUCAAGCAGUUUCCUAAGACGAGCUCAACCACCACUUCUGGUAACAUUCACCGUCAACCUCUUCGACCCCUUGCCAACGCGCACAAUGUCCACAAUGGAAAUGUGGCCGCCGCAGCAAAAGCCACGGAUGCGAACAAGCCCGUAAAGGCCUUCAGUGUCUAUACUGACAAGUCGAAACCCACGCCGGUGACCUCCCAACCACUUGUGUUGAAGCCGCUCGCGAACACCAGCAACACUCGCCGUUCCACCCCAGCAAAGCGACCAUCCGACCAGGAGGCCCUUCAUGUCAGACCCAGUAAGCUGGCUCGGCCAAUUGGCCAACCCCUGAUGCCACGGUCAACGGCAACUUUGGCAGCUUCGUCUACCACAUCUAAGAUGACCGUGUCCGCCGAGGAAAUCGAGGCUAUGGUGGAGAAGAAGGUUGGGGAGAUUCUGGCAGCAAGAGCCGCAGCAGAGAAGUCGGCCGUCCCGGUCCAAGUUCACGUUCAACCUGGGCUCGACGAUGCGGUGCAGAAGCGGUUGGAUGCAUUGGAGCGUCGAAUAGAGAGUGAUGAAUGGCGCGAGGAUGCCAAAUCGGAGGGCCUACGGUUCCUCCUGGCCGCGAGGCAGCACAAGGAGAGAGGAGAAGAUGCUGCCGCGUUGAAGGCGUAUGAAAUGGCGCUUCCUUUCUUCCCCGGUCAGGCGAAGCUUCUAAGCAAGAUCGAAAGAUUGAAGGCGAAGCUUCAUAGCGCCGAGAGGCCAAGGCCUGAGCAUUUCUUCGACGUGAAGGAGAAGGUAACGAGGAAGAAGAAACGGAGAACUACCUCUGACGACGAUGAGGUGGAUGCCGACUAUGAGGAUGCUGAGGCGGAUGUUGAAGAAGCGACGUUUGUGAAACCUGCGUCUCGCCGACCACGAGUGAAGGCUGUUCCUCGCACAAUCCUCCCCGAUGAUAAUGGCCCUCCAUCUCCCCGGGCCCAGCAGCUUCUGGAUAUUGUCAACUCGCGCGAUCUUGUACAGAUCAAGAGCCUCGUCGGAUUCGGGGCAAAGAAGGCUAAGGAUUUGGUGGAUUACCUUGAGCUUAUGAGUGUGGAUGAGGAAAAUUGCAUCGACAGCCUGGGUCAGUUGAGGGCUGUGCCAGGUAUGGGUGGCCGCACCAUUGACAGGGCGUAUGAAGGCCUCCUCGCUAUGUGA